AUGGGAGGUGCUGCGGUGGAUGUGGGUGCAGGGGGGUUGAAGGCUCCUGAUGGAGGGUGGGGUUGGGCGGUGCUGGCCGGCUGUUUUGUCAUCACAGGCUUCUCCUACGCUUUCCCUAAAGCGGUCAGUGUUUUUUUUAAAGAGCUGAUCAGGGAGUUUGGAGUGGGAUACAGCGACACCGCCUGGAUCUCUUCUAUCCUGUUGGCCAUGCUUUAUGGCACAGGUCCUCUGUGCAGUGUGCUGGUGAACCGCUUCGGCUGUCGUCCAGUGAUGAUGGUGGGUGGCCUCUUUGCCUCUCUAGGAAUGAUCCUGGCCUCCUUCUCCACCAGCAUCAUCCACAUCUACCUCAGCACGGGGGUCAUUACAGGUCUAGGGUUAGCCCUGAACUUCCAACCAUCUCUGAUAAUGCUCAACCGCUACUUCAGCGAGAAGCGUCCUCUAGCCAAUGGGCUAUCAGCUGCAGGUAGUCCCGUGGCCCUGUGCUGCCUAUCGCCACUGGGCCAGGUCCUCCAGUACCAGUAUGGCUGGAGGGGGGGCUUCCUCAUCUUGGGUGGCCUUCUACUCAAUUGCUGUGUGUGCGGCGCACUAAUGAAACCUCUGGUCCCCCCCAAGAACCUCAAGAACAAGGACCUGGAACAGGACAAAGAAGAGGAAAAAGAAGGGUCAGAGGACAAAACCAAUAAGCCUAAAGCCAAACUGCUGGACAUCUCUGUGGUAAAAGACAGAGGUUUUGUCAUCUACACUGUGGCGGCAUCCAUCAUGGUGCUGGGGCUGUUUGUGCCUCCAGUGUUUGUAGUGAGCUAUGCUAAGGAGAUGGGUAAUGAGGACACCAAAUCAGCUCUGCUGCUCACUAUUUUGGGCUUCAUUGACAUUUUUGCACGGCCUACGUGUGGGGUGAUCGCCGGAUUGAAAUGGGUGCGGCCUCGAUGCGUCUACCUCUUCAGCUUUGCUAUGUUGUUCAAUGGAAUCACUGACCUUGUUGGGUCACAGGCUAAUAGCUACACAUCUCUAGUGGUCUACUGCAUCUUCUUUGGCGUCUCCUACGGCAUGGUGGGUGCGCUGCAGUUUGAGGUUCUUAUGGCAGUAGUUGGUACUGAGAAGUUCUCCAGUGCCAUUGGCCUGGUCCUGCUCAUGGAGGCCGUUGCUGUGCUGGUAGGACCACCUGGUGCAGGCCGGCUUCUUGAUGCCACCAAGAAUUAUAUGUAUGUCUUCCUGCUGGCAGGAAGUGAGGUGGUCCUUUCAGCUGUGGUUUUAGCCACUUGUAACUUCCUGUUUAUCAAAAAUAAGCCCUCAGUGCCAGCAGACAAGCUAGACAAUGUUGAAGUGAUGGACAGUGCCAAGGCAGAUGUUUGCAGUAAAACCACAGAGGGGAAUGACGAAGAGGAGAAAGGAGCAAAAGAAGAACAAGAAAAGGAGACAGUGAAGGACUUGAAGGAGGAAGAGGAGAAAGAUAAAGAGAAAGUAGAUGAGGUCAGGCCUGAGGGUGUAACAGUGGACUCACAGGAAGUGGAAAGGUUUUUGAAAGAGCCUCAGCAAAAUGGUGAUGCGGCCACAAGUCCUGAAACAAGCCUGUGA